UCCGCGGGUCCUGGCGGCCAGAGCGGCGGCGGCGGAGGCGGCGUCGGCAGCCGAAACGCGGGGAUGGCGGGUCCCGGGAGCGAAGCCCGGUUCGCCGGGUUGUCGCUGGUGCAGCUCAACGAGCUGCUGGAGGACGAGGGGCAGCUGACGGAGAUGGUGCAGAAGAUGGAGGAGACGCAGAAUGUUCAGCUUAACAAAGAAAUGACGCUGGCCAGCAACCGGAGCCUGGCAGAAGGAAACCUUCUCUACCAGCCCCAGCUGGACUCUCUGAAAGCACGUUUGACCCAAAAAUACCAGGAACUCCAGGUGCUCUUUGAAGCCUAUCAGAUAAAAAAGACCAAAUUAGAUAAACAGUCCAGCAGCGCUUCCUUGGAGACCCUGUUAGCACUUCUGCAGGCGGAAGGGGCCAAGAUCGAGGAGGACACCGAGAACAUGGCAGAGAAGUUUCUCGAUGGAGAGCUUCCCCUGGACUCCUUCAUCGAUGUCUAUCAGAGCAAGCGGAAACUGGCCCACAUGCGAAGGGUUAAAAUUGAGAAGCUCCAGGAGAUGGUGCUGAAGGGGCAGAGACUUCCGCAGGCCCCGCCGCCGGCCCCGCUGCCCCUCAGGGUGCCCGAGCCGGCGGCCGCUGCCCUCCUGCCCUACCCCUCCCCGGAGGCCAGCGGGCCCCCCUCCGCCGUGCCCCGGCGCAUCCCUCCCCCGCCGCCCCCGGUGCCCGCAGGACGCUUAGCCACGCCGUUCGCCGCCGCCCUGGGCUCAGGACAGGGCCCCCCGCACCCAGUGGCGCAGUGCCCACCGCUGCCCCCGCGCGGGGGCCUCCCCGCACAGCAGGGCUUCUCCCUGCAGCAGUUUGUGUUGCCACCCUACCCGCCGGCGCUGCCCCAGAGACCCCCGCCCCGGCUGCCUCCGCACCAGCCAGGCUUCAUCCUCCAGUGAGCGGCCCUCGUCCUCCCCGGGAGACCCCGUCGCCGGCGCCUGCUGGCCGGGUCCACGCACGCAGGUGGAGGCCGUGAGCCCCGGCUGCUCGGCCAGGGGCUCUGGUGCUCGGGCCAGGGCGUCCAUCUGGUUGUAGGGCCGUAGGUCAGUGGUAAGCAGGCGUAGAACACUGGUUGUGGACACCUAGGCGGCUGUGCGCUGGGCCUCAGCCGGGCACCCCCGUGGUCGCGCUGGUUUGUCUUCUCGGUAUGAUUCCUCAGUCUGGUGGUGUUGAAUUCGUGAGUCUGGGGAAAAGCGCCCCCGCCACGCCCCGCUCCCCCGCCUCCGUUCCCACGUAGCAUCGUGGUCCUCCCGUUGCAGCUUUAUUUAAUAAGCAUGGUUCAUCAUUUCUGCUUUAUUUUCGAGACAGUUCUGUGUGUCCCAGCCCACCGCCCACCGCAGCCCCUGGUGGGGG